CAACAACCAUGCGUCAUCUUCAACUGUCUCUUGUCUAGCUGGCUUGUUCUCUUUUUCAUUUCUGCUUAUGUUUAGGAAGAGUAAUUCCCCCCCUUACUCCGUCCUCACUUUCAUCCUUAUUGCAGUUCUUAUCCACCAGCCAGCCUGGAUGGCCAGUCGGUGACGCUCUCCUUCAUUCCCCUCGUUCCACUUCCAUCUCCUCCCCUCUUUUUGACCCCUUGAGGGGCCACGCGGCACCAUGCAGUCCAUGCAAAGACAAUUCGGUCGCUUCAUGAAGCGAUCCGCCGAUGAGAGCCAGGUGGCCAUUCUUCUCAAAGACUUUGAGGAAGCCGACAAGCUUCUUGGCCGAAUCAUCGAAUUCACCAGCGCAUGGCGCGAUGCCUGGUCCUCCCUCCUGAUCCACCAGAAUCGCAUGCUGGCCGAAUUCAACGCUCUCUAUGCUCCCAUCCUCGGGUCCUCCGACUCUGCCACCGACAACAAAGCAGUCCUGACUCCGCGCGAGACCCUGGCUCGGACAAAUAAGCUUCGGGACCAGUAUGAGGAGCUCCGGAGAGAGUUAUUGGCCGAUAUCACCGCCGUCGACGAACGCAUGAUCAAGCCAGCCACCCAGGCCAGAGAGUACUUGACUCCCAUGAAGAAGACCAUCAAGAAGCGCGACGAUCGUAAGCUGGACUAUGAACGUCAUCAGAGCCGCGUGGAUAACUACACCAAGAAGACCAAGCGGUCGGAUCGCGACAAUGCCGCCCUGGUCAAGGCCGAGGGCGACCUCGCCAAGGCGACAGAGGACUAUAACGCUGCCGACGAGCAUCUCCGGCACUGUCUCCCGCCUCUCAUCGCUGCCGCAUUCUCUCUGCUCCCCCGUCUUCUGGCCGCCCAGAUCGAGCUCCAGAACACCAUGCUAGCCCAUUAUUACACUGUGGUCAUGGAGUACAGCCAGGACGAACAAUUCCCGGUCCCCGCCCCACCCAUGGAGCAUAUCGUCGAAGACUGGGAACGCGCCCAUCUCCCGGUCCAGCAGGAAGUCGAAAGCUUCGCCAGCAUCGCCAAUGGCAAGACUGUUCGGAUGUCUCCGGUGGACGAACACCAGCGCAACGGCCAUAGUAUCAUCAGUCGCCCUGCAAACCUAAUAUCGAGUUACUGCCGCUCACCUAGCGCUCACGAAGAAACUCCGCCCCCUAAGCCGCCACGGCCAGUUUCACCCAAUCCCGCAGCUGUUCAGCGGAAGCUCCCACCACCGGCGCCCCCUGCAGCUCAGCAAAAGCUUCCUCCCGUGCCACCACCACCUGUCUACGAUACCAAGCCUCUACCCAACCUCGAAACGAAGCCGAAACCAAUCCCCAGACCGAAGCCACAGCUAUCGAGCAUGCCGUCUACCGCCUCGACGUCGUCUCUCAACCUACCGUCGGGCUCGAGUCAUCAUCUCUCCCCGCAAGCACCAGUACCGCAGACUUCCGCCUCGUCCCCCGCAGGCGAAUCCUACGUCUCCGCCACCGAGUACAUCCGCUCCCCGUCCCCGGGACUUUCCUCCGUUGCUUCUCGAGCAGACUACUUCAGUCGAAACAGCAACCAUAAUCAGUAUACGUCACCGCCGCCUGCCUCCGCUGCUGCAGCGGUGUCCCCCGGUAUUUCGUCCGUCGCGGCUCGAGCAGAUUACUUCAGUCGGUCCAGCAGUAAUCCGCAGAAUCAGUCUUUGUCUCCUGCGGCGGCGGCCGCCGCCUCUUCCUUAUCCCCUGCGACGGCAGCUAUGUCGCCCGGUCUCUCGUCCGUUGCUUCCCGUGCAAACCACUUCAACCGCUCCAGCAGCAGCAACCGACAGCCAUCUCCCUCGCCGUCGCGUCCAGCAGUGUCCCCUGGGGCGAGUACGCUGCUAGCGGGCAAGAAGAAGCCGCCUCCGCCUCCGCCGCCCCGAGCGCAUUCCCAGAACGCGCUGUUCGUGACGGCGCUGUAUGACUUCGGGGGCCAAGGGCAGGGGGACUUGUCGUUCCGCGAGGGCGAUCGGAUCCGUGUUUUGAAGAAGACGGAGAGUACGGAUGAUUGGUGGGAGGGAGAGUUGCGGGGGGUGAAGGGGAGUUUCCCGGCCAAUUAUGUGGAGUGAUCGAUUGGAACCGAGGUUAGUAAUCAAGAGCCC